GUAAGGUCCUUCAGCCAGUGGGUGUAUGUAUAUAUACCUUACACUCCGUACUCAUCUUCCACAUUUGAGAUGUCACGUCAGACGUUGCCGGCCAUUGGUUCAUCAGGAAGAAAAACAGCAGGUCACCAGCGCCCCCACCAGGCCAAUCGUCAGAAGCGCAGCCGACAGCAGACAUCAUCUUCCUCCAGUUCACAUCCACAUCCAGGACCUCCUUCAAUCCUCGUCUCAGAUACCACCGUGGCACCUUGGGGAGGCCUCCCUCUAUGUGAUACCUCCUUUACCUCAAUCCCACCACCACCUCCUCCACGACCUGCUCCACCAACCGCACCUCCACUCCCUCCUGCUCCUCAGCCCACACCAUCCACCCCUUUUCAUGAGAGACUGAACAAAGACCAAGAAGAUUCAAGUUCAAGUGUUCCCUCUGAGGUCCCAUCUCCACCUCCAACUGGCCUCCAGGACAUUACAGGUGGUCGAGGGCUGCGAGCGAGUCACAGGGUGAUGCCCCAGAGUCGAGUGCCCCGUCCUCCCCGCCUUCCACCACUGUGCCAGGUCACCAACCUCAGCUUCUCUCGGAGCUUCACGUUCUCUUUCUUCGAGCUGCCACUGCACCAGUCGCCUCGCUGCCGGGCUGAGCGCAUCAGAAACCUCAUGUUGCUUUUGAGACAGAUACAUUACUGAGGAAUCACAGCGCCACGGCCCGAUGACUUAUUUUAUUUUAUUGUAAUACUUACCUGUUUAAUGAUCUUCAUAUGUUGACUGGCUUUAAGUUAAGUUGAGGAUGUUUCACCUCAAUUUCAAGAAGCUUCUACGAACUAAUACAUAACAGUGGACACCAGCUGAUAUUAGCAGAGCCAUCAUAACUGCAGCAGCAGGUCACAGUGACAGUGACAGCAUGGUCAUUCAAAUAUGGAUGCUGUGCGUUCUUCUCUUUAGUCUCAGUGGCACUAGUUGCUUUAAUAACCUUUUGUGUGGUAGGCUUACCAACAGAUAUGCUGUGGUGAUGUGUUGUCUUUCCCUGCAGGGGAAGAGAACUGGAGCGGUGUGAAUAUAGUUCUUUCUCAGAUGUUGCUGACUACUCUUUGCUGGGUGAAGAGAGCACAGCUUCGGAGAGAUGUUUGUUUUGUCAGUGAUGUUAGUCAUCACGUUUAUUUCGGGAGAUAUUUUUAUUAGUGUCAGUGCUUUGUAUCAACACCUGCAGCCCAGAGGAUGCAAAAGGCAAAAUGUGAUCCCCUGCUCAGGCAUUCCCACCCAGUAGAGCAGCAUUAACUCAUUGGCUGUUUGGGCAGAGAAAUUGGAACAAAUAGAGGUCGGUUGCCUAGUAACUGUUGUUAGUGGCGGUGAUGAGCAGCUGACAGUGUCCAUGAUCAGGGUGCAGUACCCAGAGGAUGGGAAGACCGGGGGCAGCAGAGGGUUUCUGAGCCACUUAUAUUUUCACAAGCCCAGCUCCAACUGUCAAAUCAGCUCCAGCUUCAUUUCUGCACCCACUCCCACAUCCCAGUGGCUGCUCCUCUGAUCGCCGUCAAUCUCCUGAGCCCAAGGCCUCAAGGUCAAGGUCUCUGCUUCUUCAGAUCAGAGGGUUUGCCUGUGGAGUGUCUGCAGUACCGGUAUCGGCCACAGAAAGACGCUGUGCCCUCAUGCUGUAGAUGCUGCUGGACUUGUCAGUGUGGGAGGGGCAGAUGAUAGACAUGGAGGAGGGAGAUGAUGAACACAAGAUGCAAGUGUGAGCAGGCGAGUGUAGACGGGGAGAUGGACAGGAUUAGAAACUGAGAAUAAAACCACAGAGCGUGAGGUUGGUGUGCGGCUCUGUGAGGAAACAGAUGAUAAGGCCGAGGCUGGAGAACCUGUUGAAACAGUGAGUGAGACUGGUGAUGAGAAAGGAGGUGAGACAGAAACUGGCAGUGUAGAUUAGAAAGAAAGUUUAAAGAUUUCAGACACAGUUGUGAGAGCACAAAAAAAGAGGGAGGACAGGAGGGGUGCUGGUCUGUGGUCCGGGCUUCCAUCUACUCUGAAAUACAAAGAUGUGGACAGAGGAAAGAAUAAGGUGUGAAGUAAGGUUAACAUAAUCAGGGAAUUCCAAGGGUCCAAUCAAUACCUUCGUUUUUUAACUAACUAGAUUUGUUUAAAUGUCGAGAUGGCUACUGCAACACAGGACAAAUGGGAUUAAUGGCGGAUAAAUAAUAAUGUGUAGUUUUUUCUGAAAUGGUUUCCUUCUACAGCUUUUUUAACAUGUCUGUUAGUCUAAAGAACAUCCAGGAAAUAGGCUUCACUUCUGCUGCUGACUCAGAACAAACACUGAGGCGAUAUAACAUAACAUAACAUGUCAUGGCCGCUUCAAAAAGAACAUCUCAACAGAGCAUCUCCCAAUGUGUUUGCACCAUCUGUGGUGUCUUUUAGUGAAAAACUACACUUUGCACGAACAUGGCUGAACUGACGAUAUAGUUUUCAUACAAUAUGUCACACAUCAACCAUCUGGGAAGUUAAAAAAAAACAAAAAACAUUUUCAUCUGUGGAGAACCUUGGGACUCAACUUUCAGAGGAAAUGUUUAAGAACAAGGCCAACCACGAGAUUGCCUUCACCGAACGUGGACACAUAUUUCUGCUUUAAAUCUAGUUUAUACUGAAACAACCUUCCUGGCACUAUUUAAAAUAUAGUGGACACUGCACUGCACAUGAGAAAAUGGCAUCAUAACAUCCUUGCAUAAACGCUUUUGUUUACACAGCCCAAGGGUCGUCAUGCAAUAUUAUUUCAAUUUAUGUAAAAUCAUGCUCACUUGUAUUGUGCACAGCGGUUAUAUUGAUUAUUAUGAGUGAGCAUGCGGUCUGAAUAAUGAGGCGAAAUGCUGACAUUGUCUAUGUGGCAGGUGAAAAUGGGAGUCAUUUGCAUAUUCAGUGUAUGUGUGUGUGUCUGCAAUGUAAAUGUAGUUGUGUUCUCCUGUGCUGCAUGAGUGAAAGUGUGUGUGUGUGUGUGUGUGGGGUCCAG